UCUCAGUCUCCCGUGUGUCCGGGCCAACUACAAACCCCUACCUGGGUUGCAAGAGCCUUCUGGUGCUGCGUCGUCAUGUCCUCACUCCAAAGAAAUGCCCUGCCUGUCCGCGUGCUCCUGAUCUGCAUGAGCGAGCUGGAGGACACAUGCAUGCACACUGCCAUUGAUCCCGGCAAAUCCCCCUCCCCCGGCCCCGACCACGAACUGGGGGACAUGAAUAUUUAUCUCUGACACCCACCUGCCGACCUCAUGUAGCGUUCUCACCAAAGGUCGCGUGCCCUCCCUCCCUCCCUCCCUGUUCGUCCCGCCUGAACGCACCACCCGCCCGAGGAACAAGUUUUCUUUUCCAAGGAGGGUUGAGCUCGCGUGUCGCUCUGACUGUCUGCAGCGACGGCGACCCUGCAGGAACACCUGGCGCCGUCCACGGGCUCUCUGCCGGAGGUGGCCAGGCUUCUCAUUCGCCACUCAAACCCCUUGUAAGAGAGACGCUGCCGCAUACCCAACAAUGCAGCUCACCAAGCCCUUGCUACUGUCUGUACUCGUCUUGGGGACAUGCGCGAUCCCGUCGGUCCGGGGGGACGCCGACUUCGCCCAGGUGCGGACCAGGCUGCACAAAGACAUGAGUGCUAGAGAACAUGAUCCGCCGGGGAAAUAUUUCCACGAGUCUCUCUUCCACCCUCACUACGACGGCCGAUUCGCCGAGAAGGCCCUCCCCUAUCACGAGCAGAAGGCGGCCCUGAAGAACCUCUUGCAGACCUACCUGGCCACGUUCGCGGACCUCGGGGUUGAGACGUGGUUGAUGCAUGGCUCGCUGCUCGGCUGGUGGUGGGGCAAGAAGAUCCUCCCGUGGGACACGGACGCCGACGUCCAGGUAUCGGAGGCUGCCAUCCACCUGCUGGCUAAUUACUACAACAUGAGCGUCUUCCACUACAGGACGCCGCGCAUCCCCGAGGGUCGGGACUAUAUGCUGGAGGUCAACCCAAACUAUGUCAACCGGGAGCAGACAGACAAGCUUAACGUCAUUGACGCCCGCUGGAUCGAUACGACAAGUGGGCUUUUCAUUGACAUCACGACUGUUCGCUACAACACGACUCACCCCGAAGGCGAUGGUAUCCUGUCAUGCAAGGACGGCCAUGAGUUCAGGGACACCUACCUCUACCCUCUGCGCACAACAACAUUCGAGGGGUCCCCAGCCAAGAUCCCCUUCAUGUUCAAGGAGAUGCUCGAGUCUGAGUAUGGCCCUCGCUCGCUCGUGAACACGGAGUUUGAGGGCCAUAAAUUUAGCGACGACAAGAUGGAGUGGCUGCCCAAUAUGUUUGAGGGAGAAUUGCGACGAUAGAGACACGUCAGAGCCGGCGUGCACGCACUAUAGCGGGUGGACUUGGGAUUCUUUGCGCGGCUGGCCGAGGACAGGAGACUAAUGCCCGACAUCAAAAGAGGAGGAAAGAGAGAGAGCAACUCUGGAAGGAUCGUCAUGGUGGUCUGCGUUUCGAUGACAGGUUAGGGUUUGGGGUCUGUUGUAUACUGUGAGGGUGGCGUCUGUUUUAACGCCUAGGAGCAUAUUGAUACCCAUCACGGACAUCUCGGCGUUAGCUAGGCGUUGGAUAGUCGCAAGCGACGGAUUGGGCGAGUUGGCCUGCGUGUGCAAUUCAACUGUACUAUGUGGCACAGUAUGCAUCGCAAACAUGUGCCACAAUGAAUGCUGGACCAUGGUGGAGACCAGGGUCUUCGCUACCUACCUAGGUACCUAGGUAUCUACCUGGGUAGGUAGGAAACAGUGGCCCUAGCCUGCACGACUAGCAAGGAUGAGGCGCGUGG